GCUGCCUCACACGGCGGUGUGCUUUGCGUGCGGCGAGGCGGGGAAGGAAGACACGGUGGACUCUGAGGAGGAGAAGUUCAGCCUCUCUCUGAUGGAGUGUACCAUCUGUAACGAGAUCAUCCACCCCAGCUGUCUCAAGAUGGGGAAAGCUGAAGGAAUCAUCAACGAUGAGAUCCCAAAACUGCUGGGAGUGUCCAAAGUGCCACAAGGAGGGCAAAACCAGUAAGGACCAGGCGGACGGCUCGGGGAAGCGGCGGCUGGAUAACGGCGAGGUGGGCCGCUGGAAGCUCACAGAUGACCCGCCCCCUAAAAAGAAAGCCCCGCCCUCCCUGGAGGAGGGGGGGAGGACGGAGGGGGGGCACAAGAGGAAGAAGGAGAAGGAGCUGCCUCAGGACAGCGGGCCCAAGAAGAAGAUGAAGGGACCUCAUGAAAAAACGCCUCAAAAAGAAACCCAAACAGGAGGCGGUGGAGUCCAACGGGCCCACCUCCUCAGCCGGAGGAGGUGCAGGAGGACUACAGGGCUCCUCCACUUCUUCUUCUCAGCCCGGGGGAGGAGGAGGAGGAGGUGGGACAGGAGGGGGAGGUACAGGCGGGACGUCCAGUGCCGACCAGCGCUCCCAUCACAGAGAGAAACUGGAGCGCUUUAAAAGGAUGUGUCUGCUGGAGCGCCGGCCCGAGUCCUCCUCCUCCUCCUCCUCCAGCUCCGAGUCCGACUCCGAGUCCGACUCCGACGACUCCCUCAGGGGGGAGCAGGCGGGAGGAGGCUCCUCGCCCUCGUCCUCCUCCCCUGCCCCGCCUCCUCCCGUCGUCUACGGCAACAGCAGCGGGGGGCGGGCGGAGCGAGAGAGGAGUCGCAGCGAGCGGGAGAGAGAGCGGGAGAGGGAGCGGCGUCUGGCCGAGCUGGGCUUCAGCGCCAGCGAGGAGUCGGAGGGGGAGGGAGGGAGGGGGGAGGAGGAGGUGAGGGAGGAGGAGCAGGGAGGGGGGGAGAAGGCUCGGCGGAGAGGGGGAGGAGUAGAGGCGGGGUUACCUCCACGUGGACGGAAAGGAGGACUGUUGGACGGAGAGGAGGAAGACACGCCCACCUCUGACAGGACCAGGAAAAACUCUGCCUCCCUCCCCCCGCCCUCACCCCUCUCAUCCAAUCAGAUGCCUCCGUCCUCACAGCACGACGGCUUCACGGGGAAACAGCGCAGCAACGGGCAGGAGGCACGCAACGGGCGGACACGAGGAGGGACGGGAGGGGGGAGGGAGGGCGGGGAAAAGGAGAACGCCAGCGGCGUUCUGACCAAUCACAGACACAGCGGGGGAGGAGGGGGCGGGGCUAAAGGCAGCGGGAGCCGUGGCAAUAAGAUCCGUAGCAACAGUAAGAACCAGACGUCCAGGAACAACAUCUCCUCCUCCUCCAUCCCCACCUCUAACGGGGGAGGAGGGUUGGGAGGCGGCCUGAUGAUGUCAGCGAUGGCGGCCUCCCCCUGCUCGCAGCCGUCCCGCCUCGCCCCGCGCUCUCAGAUGAUGAAGCGCAGCCCGCCGGCCGUGCCCUCGCCACCCCGACCCAUUCAGAUGGAAAGACACCUGGUGCGGCCCCCCCCCACCUGCCCGGAGCCCAGCUGCCUGCCGCUGGACUCCGGCUCCGCCCACAUCAUGACGAGGGACGUGUGGCUCAGAGUCUUCACCCACCUGAGCCAGAGGGAGCUGUGCGUGUGCAUGAGGGUGUGUCGCACCUGGAGCCGCUGGUGUUGUGAUAAACGGUUGUGGACUCAGAUCGAUCUGAGCCGGCAGCGCUCCAUCACCCCCCCCAUGUUGAGUGGUAUCAUCCGCCGCCAGCCCGUCUCCCUCAACCUGGGCUACACCAACAUCUCCAAGAAACAGCUCAUGUGGCUCAUCAACCGCCUACAAGGUCUGCUGGAGCUGAACGUGUCGGGCUGUCCGUGGUCGGCGGUCUCGGCUCUGUGUCAGGCCGUCUGUCCCUGUCUGAAGCUGCUGGACCUCAGCAGGGUGGAGGACCUCAAAGACUCUCACCUGAGAGAGCUGCUGGCCCCCCCACCUGACACCAGGACAGCUCACGGUGAGACCAGAGUGGGGCGUUUCCAGAACGUGACAGAGCUGCGGUUGGCUGGUUUGGACCUGACGGACGCGUCCUCUCGUCUCCUGGUGCGUUACGUCCCUCACCUGAGCAGGUUGGACGUGAGUCAGUGUGGAAACAUCACGGACCAGACGGUCCACACCCUCACCUCGUCCAUCUCCCCCCUGAGAGACAGCCUCACCCACAUCAACCUGGCAGGUUGUGUGAAGGUGACGGAGACGUGUGUCCCGUUGCUCCGUCGCUGCUCCUCCCUGCAGACGGCUGAUCUUCGCUCCUGCUGUCUCCUGUCCUCUGAGACGGGACAGCUGCUCUCCUUCCCCCCCCACGCCUCCUCCUCCUCUUCCUCAUCAUCCUCCUCCUCCACCACCUCCUCGUCCUCCUCUUCCUCUGCCACCACCACGGUCGCUGCUUCAUCGUCCUCCUCUUCCUCCUCCACCACGUCUGCCUCCUCCUCGUCCUCCUCCUCCUGUCCUCCUGAAGACAGAACGCUGCUAAAGAACAGCUAAAGUCCUCCUCCACGUCACGAGACACUGGAGUCCACAAGCCCCGCCUCCCGCCUCGUUACACUACAGGAGGAGGAGGAGGAGGAGGAGGAGGAGGAGGAGCUCUGAGUACAGCCACCACAGAAGAAGAAGAGGAGGAAGUUGUCGGUGAUAGUAAAUAGAAACCCUGAGCAUGUACAUAUUUGUUCUCUGUACAAUUUUUGGGUGUGUGUAUAUAUCUGUAGUUUACUGUAAAUGACCCUUGACCUUUGACACACCACCCCCCCUACACUCCUUCCUUCCUUCCCUCCUUCCCUCCUUCCUUCCUUCCGUCCUUCCGUCCUUCCCUCCUACGACCAAUCAUCACACCAGUCAUCCACCUGCUCGCCACACGCUGCAGAAUCAUCAUCGUCCUACGUUUAGUGUGUGUGCGUGUGUGUGUGCGUGUGUGCGUGUGUGCGUGUGUGCGUGUGUGCGUGUGCGCGUGUGAGCGUGUGUGUGUGUGUGUGUGUGUGUGUGUGUGUGGUUUGACGGAUGACAUCACACUAUAUGUUUUAAUCACAACCCCCCCUUCACCCUCCCGCCGUCAGUUCAGUCCAACAACGAUUCAAAUAAACUUUAUUCAAACGAGACAGAAAUCCUCUAAAUACUCAUCUCAGGAUUGUUUCCAUUAAACAUCAGAAGAUCUUCUGAUGUCAUCGGACCAGAGUCUCAUGGCCACGCCCCCUUCUGGGGGGGACCAGUCCAAUAUGUCCCUCACAGACUUGUCACAACAAGAAUUUAUCACUCUCCAUCGUCUAAUCUGACAAAGUGACCAUCGUAACCGUCAACAACAUCCUGUAGUCUGAUCCCGGCGUAAAGGGGGCGUGGCCUUGACUCUUUGAGAAGGACCUGUAUUUGGCGGUCUGAUGGAAACUACGUAUAAUAAUCCUAAUAAUAAUAAUCCUUUAAAGGACUCGACCAUGAGGACGUGAGCGGAGGAAUAUAAACAGUGAAGUUUAUUGAACAUCAGUAAUGUGAGGAAAUAAGUGGUGGACGUCAUCAGAUCAGAGUUCAGUCACAAAAACACAGUAUUUCCUCUCCCACGGUACCCUGCAGCGCCGACGCCGUCGCCGGCUGCAACCAGAGCCACAUCAUAACGAAUGUAUACUGUGUGUGUGUGUGUGUGUGCGUGCGUGUGUUACAUGUGACUGUAUGAGCCCCCAGUGUGAACCAGUAAGACCAGUAAAGCUUCCAGUCAGUGAGAGCAGAGCAGGAAGUGAUCAGGUUCAAUAAUCAGCAGACGGAGCUAGGCUAGCACUUUCCCCCCGCUUCCAGUCAUUGUGCUAAGCUAGGCUAACCUUACUCUGGCUCUGAAACGUCUCACAGAUCAGCGCGACACUAUUGAGUCUUGGCGGCGGCGGUGCAGGUGUGUUCAGGUGUGUUUUUGGUUUGAGGUGUUUUCCUUCCUGUGUGUGUGUGUGAGACCGACAGCGCUGGGUGUGUUUGAAUCUGAGCCUCAGUGUCUUCAACGUUCGCCUCAUUCAUCCUCUUUAAUAUCUGCUCUUCAUCA